AUGGGCGCCGGCGGGGGCUGGGUGCGAGCGGCGCACACGGCGCUGAGCGGAGCCCUGACGCUGGGGCUCCUCCUGCACCGCACCGAUCUGCAGAAGCAGGAGGAGCGCGGAGAGCUGCUGCAGCCGCUGAGCUUUGUCCUGCUGGUGUUGUGCUCCGUCCUGCUGUACCUCACGGUGUCUCUCAUGGAUCCGGGCUUCGUGAAGCCUGAGGAAGUGGAGGCAGGCAAAGGUGAAGCACAGAGUGCAGUGGUGCCCCAGGUUCCCAGUGACAUCCCGACACGGCGCUGCGGUUACUGCCUGCUGCAGCAGCCGAUGCGGGCACGGCACUGCCAGCUGUGCCAGCACUGUGUGCGGCGCUACGACCAUCACUGCCCCUGGCUGGAGAACUGCGUGGGAGAGAGGAACCAUCCCCUCUUCAUUGUCUACCUAAGCGUGCAGCUCGUGGUGCUGCUCUGGGGAGGGCAGGUUGCCUGGUCAGGCCUCUACUUCGAGCAGUCCUGGGACUGGCUGAAGCACAACACUCUGCUCCUCAUCUCCUUCCUCCUGAUAGUCACAUUCAGCACCAUGGUCCUACUGCUGCUGGUCUCACACCUCUACCUGAUCUCCUGCAACACCACCUCCUGGGAGUUCCUGUCCCACCACCGCAUCUCCUACCUGCGGCACUCGGGGCUGGAGAACCCCUUCAACCAGGGGCUGGUCCUCAAUCUCUGGAGGUUCUUCUGUUCCUGUCGCCUCACCACCUGGGAGGAAAUCUACCUGGACAGCAGGGCCCAGCCUGUGUAG